CGCGGACGCAGGACACGAGAGUUACUGGAUUAUACGAGACACUCGGUCAGUGAGGCUCUAACCGACAAUCGCCUAACACGAGACCCGUCGAGUGGUCACCUGGACUACCCGCUGGACAGUCCGAACUAACGUCCAGUCUGUAGACUUCAUCGAUUCCGCUCGUUAUCGCGCGAACGUCGUCCUCCUUAGCCUGGAACGGUGGUGACCAGUCAGGAUUCGCGGAUUUGGAGAUCGUCGCGUCUCCUCGUCGUUUCCGCGCCUCCAUCCUCACGUGAGACGGUCUUUUUUUUUUGGCCGUGGUUAAGGAAGAAAGUGCGUCGGAAGUGAUACAUUCCCGCGUCCGUUUGAUACUAGCGAUCAUCGACGAGCGAUCCUGAUCUCCCUUCGUGUGGAACGCUUGAAAGGCAACGUGGAGCACGUGAUAACAGAAUGCACGGAUCCAUGAUAGGGCGGAUACGAUCCGCAAUAGUCGGACUCCUGCUGCUACUAGUCACGUGGAGGAGCAGCUGCAACGGGUUGCAAUACCAGUCAGCUGAGGCUUAUGCAAACGGCGAUGACUGUGCUCUGAUUCUGGCUAGUUCAGGAAGGACGAACGCCUUCGAUUACACCUACAAUCUACUUCGUGGCUCGUUCCCGCCUUCAGCUGGAUCCCAGUCGUGCAUCACCUACGACGCCGUCAAUCGCGCCUACAUCGAGGCGAGGAAACGCAUCAAUGUGGCGCAACCCAAGGGCAAAGCGUGGCGACCAGAAGACUUGGCCACGGUUGGAGAACUCCUCCUGGACAUCAGUACGAAUCUUGCUCAUACGUACGGGCUCACGUAUGAAGAAGUCGAGAAGAGUCUACCGCUGAUCGACACCUCGAAGACGUUGAUUCGAGAGGUAUGCCCGGCCUACUUGAGCGACGUGGAAUGUCGCGCAGGAAAAUACCGAAGAAACGACGGUCUGUGCACGAAUCUGAGGAAUCCAACCUGGGGUGCCACCUUGUCGCCUUUCCAGAGAUUACUGACGCCUAGGUUCUCGGACGGUUUAUCAGCGCCCAGGAUAUCGGUGACUGGUCACGAUUUACCACUGUCACGCAUCGUGUCGCGUACCAUGCAUCCCGACGAGGGUUAUCACGAUCACGCUGGCACAGUUAUGGUGAUCGCCUGGGGACAGUUCAUGGACCACGACUACACGCUUACUGGGACCCCUCUAGAUCCCCUGAACCGAAACGACCCCGAGGAAUGCUGCCAUCGGCCGCCACACCUGAAGAACCCUUACUGCAACGAGAUCCUCAUACCGGAAGACGAUUAUUUCUACAGGUUGUUCAACGUGAAAUGCAUGGACUUCGUUCGCGCCUUUCCCGCCGUACGGCCUGGAUGUCGACUGGGAUCACGUGUGCCGUUCAACCUUUUGACGGGAGUGUUGGAUGGGAAUACAGUCUACGGGAUCACGGAAACGUUCGCCAGGAAACUGCGCACGGGUUACGGGGGACUGUUACGGAUGAACCCGGUGUUCUCGGAGUACGGCCUGAAGGAUCUGCUGCCUCUGAAAUUGGACAUACCGGACGAGGGAUGCACUCGACCCAAUCGAUCCAUGUACUGCUUCGAAGCAGGUGAGAUACGAGUGAACGAGCAACUGGUGUUGACCUGCAUGCACACGUUGAUGGCACGCGAGCAUAACAGAAUAGCCAAGCAGUUGAAUCAGAUCAAUCCACACUGGGACGACGAGACGUUGUUCCAGGAGGCGAGGCGAAUCGUCAUCGCUGAGAUCCAGCACAUCACUUACAACGAAUUCCUGCCAAUCCUGCUUGGGAAGGAUGUCAUGGAGAAAUUUGGGCUCCUUUUGGAGAAGAACUCAUACUGGGACGGUUACGACGAUAGCGUGAAUCCAGCAGUGAUCGACGCGUUUGCCUCAGCAGCGUUCAGAUUCGGUCACUCUUUGCUACCAACGGCGGUCGAAAGAUGGAGCAAAGCUCAUAAAUUUAUAGCUUCGAAGAGACUGUCAGACUUGAUCAGAAGACCCUACGAUUUGUAUCGUGCUGGUGUUUUCGACGAAUACAUCAUGGGUCUGAUGAACCAGGUCGCUCAAGCUAUGGACGACUCCAUCACGCAAGAAGUCACGAAUCACCUGUUCAAGAAAGCAGGUGCUAAGUUCGGACUGGACUUGGUUUCUUUCAAUAUGCAGCGCGGCCGUGAGUUUGGUAUCCCGAGUUACAUGGAAUUCAGGAAAUUCUGUGGGCUCCCCUGGGCGGAUACCUUCGAGGAGUUAUUCGGUUCUAUGCCGAACGAGACCAUCAGACGUUACAGCUCUAUCUUCGAGCAUCCAGCUGACGUUGAUCUCUGGUCGGGUGGCGUGUCCGAAAGACCACUUCCUGGUAGCAUGCUCGGGCCAACCUUCGCCUGCGUGAUCGCCACGCAAUUCAGCUAUUCCCGUCGCGGUGACCGAUUUUGGUACGAGCUGCCGAACCAGCCGUCGUCCUUCACUCUCGAGCAACUGAACGAGAUUAGGAAAAUCAAGCUCGCUCGAGUGAUCUGCGACAACACGGACCUGAUCGACACCAUACAGAUCUAUCCCAUGGUCCUGCCCGACCACGAGAUAAACCCUCGAGUGCCCUGUAGGAGCGGAAUUCUCCCCAGCAUGGACCUAACUAAAUGGGCCGAAUACCCCACUCACAAUCACGCGCAAUACAGCACCGAAAACGACCGAUCGAAAAAUACGUUCAGCACAGAUUCGAGACGCAAUCCUGAGCGGAAGCUUUCGAAAGAAAUCAGAGGAAAGAAAAAACAGUCAAAAAGUGCAGGAACAGAGAAUGAUCCCAAAUUGUUCUCUGGCGCCCACGAUACAACGAUGUCACCAACGAACGCUAUAAAAAUAAACGGAAAUGAUUCGAACAAUGCAUUAACUCGAUACUUAUCCAAAAACUCGAGUGAACAUUCAAAUAACACGAAUCUAAAUUCGAAUUUGGCGUCAGACGUCUCAAAGGUCGUGAAUUUAAUAAGGCAAAGAGCCAUUGAAGAAGAGUUCGAGGCAUCCAACACGUUAAAUUUCAAUGGUCAGGAGAAAGGUAUCGUUGUUGAUCGCUCGAAGCGUUCCUUGAACGAAAGGUCUGAUCACGUAGGCCCCAAAAAACGCGUUCCAUCGACGGACAGAUUCUAUCGUCAUCCGAAUCUCAGCUACGAGGAGCAGAAACGACUCAGCGGCAAGUACCUGUCCGAAGCCAUGAACUUAAACUUCGACGGUGUGCGCAACAAUGGAGUCUUGAACUCUGUGAACUCGUCACGGCCAACGUUCAGAAUGAGAUACCCGUUUGUGGGAUCCAGGAAGCAUAGUUACCUUCCAAUAUUCUCGAAAUGCAACGAUACAGACGAAGAUUCCUGGAGGAGUGAUAAAAAAUCACCGUCUGCGAGUGAUGCAGCGAUAAAAUCGUCGAUAAAUAACGAAAAUCACAGUAAAAACACGACGAUCAAGGAAGAUCAUUCAGAAGUGGAGGACCUGAACAGACCUGCGCUAGUAAUUCAGAAGAAAUUAGGUGAGAGUGAAGAGAACGAGGACUCAACGUGGCCUAAAAUGUCCGAAGACUCCAAAAUUCUUUUGGAAGAGAAAUCUGAAAGUAGCACAGAAUCUCAGCUGUCUUUAGAUCACUCGAUAGUGUCCACGUCGAUUGACGAACAGAAAAAUAAUAGAACUUAUGUCAACAUACAGGACAUUCAAGAAAAAGUUAAUGAAACUGAGGGCAAUCCAGUCUACGAUCCUGCAAAAAUUCCAUACGUGGAUGUGCCAGAUUAUUCGGAUAUCAGAGAAGAGAGUUUGGACGAACAAGAUCGUCAGGCCAACAGGGGGAAGAUCCAGAAGGACGUUGAUUCUGUCGAUCCAGGUGUAGUCACGGACCUGGAGAAGAACGUGGAAGCUUCCUCUGGUGGAGAAUCCAAGAAAAGCAAGGGAGAUACAAUUUUGAAAGACUUGGGAAAGUAUCUGGGUGGUGAGAAGAACCAAUUGAAAGAAAAUUCAAGGGAUGACAAAAGUGUCGAGUCUGAGGAACCUUCUGAACCUUCGAAAGAUUCUGGAUCCGCAGACAAAGAUAAAAUAAUCCAAUACGUGAAAAAGGAUCCAACCGAGGAGAAGAGUGGCCACUCGUCGGAAUUAAUGAACGAUCCAGAAGAAAAUUCGGGAAGGAACGAAGGUCGCGAGUCGGAGGAAGAUUCCAAAGAAAAAUGGCGCGAGGAGAGCACGACCGAGCGACUGGAGCCUAUAGUUUUCGAUAUAAACGAGUACAAAAGGCCGUUCAAUUUAGACGAAUUUCUUAAGGACGAUCCGAUAAUGAAAAAGUUGGAAUUGCUCGGUAAGGAGACGCGGGCCAUUUACGGAGAGAGCAGGAAACGAGUUCCAGGUUUCUUUAAUGAAUCCGAAAGUGAUAAUGCGUCUAGAGGCUGGUCGGUGGAACGAGAGGAUCCCGAGGAGCGAUUGGAUUAUUUCCCAUCGCAUGCCAGUAACUUCGGUGACACUUAUGCGAAGACAAAUGAUAACGAAAGGAAUAACAAAUACGUAACAAAAAAAAAUGGGAAAGAUUACAACACGGAUGAUUUUCUGAGCUCUCUUUUCGGCGAUGACGGGAGGAAAGGUUUCUUUUCGCGAUUCGGAAACGGAGCAGAUUUUCUAUCAAGGUUUUCCAUGGAUGGUGGUAGUAAAUAUUCGCAGGAUGACUCUAGCUUUAAAGGAAAUAGCAAAUAAAACGAAGUUACGUAAUGUGGUUGACUUGGCCUGUUCAUGGUAAACAGUUAUAAUAUAGAAUUGGUUGUAUUUCUGCUUAUUGAUACUUUACUACCAAAAUUUGUUCUGUUUUUUUUUUUAAAGAAAGCUAAACUAAAAUAUAUAUAAAAUUCGUUUUAAGUAACUCUGUAAUAAGACUUGAGCGAAACAAAACGCUUAGGAGAUUUGUUGAGAAAAUUAGUGAUUUGGUUGUUACUAUAUAAGAAAAUAAAGUACCUAUUAACCUUCGUUGUUUACUACAGUGUUUACUCUUGAAAACUAGUCCCAUUCUGGAGUAGUUGCGAAUAAUUGUUUUAUGUUAUCGUUGUAUUUAUAUAAAAAUUGCAUCGUUAAAUGUGUGUACACCUUGGAUAUAAAAUGUUAAAAUAAACAGUCGAUGUUUACAAUGAGACCUUGUCCUCCAUUUUCGUCUAUCCAUUCUUAUUUACAAGCCCGGAAUGUAUAGAUAUGCUACUCGCGUAAUUAGUGUAGGAGUACUUCACCUUACUUGGAAAGAGAAACACGGGAUUGUUUGGUAUCGUAACGAAGGAUCAACAUAUACGCAGUGGCAUUUAGAAAAAGUACCAUUUACAUCGGCAAACGUUACAUCAACAGCUAAAGUGCAAUUACAAUAAAUUGCCAUCUAUUUACCAUAACUAGGAUAUCCAUCCUUGCAGACAUUCACUGUCAGAAAGUGGGCAUUUCCUGCAAUUCUUUGACGUUAUUUCGUCCAGUUACACAAGUAAUUUCUAACGUACUGCGUCAACUGUUAAGUCAUUAUUGUACUACGAUACGA